UAAGGCAGGUGAAGAACGGAUGCUGAGAUCAACCGCACCUUUACUCAACCGUCCCGUACAUCACUCCCUCUUUACCAUGAAGAUCUUGUUGCUGUUGACUCUGGUCGGGCUGGCGGCCUCCCAGUUCUCAUUCCGGAGACAGCGCGUCAGGAACCGGAGACCUGGGUUCCAGGGCCCUCAGAAUCAGUUCUCUGGUGGCCAGGUUGACGACACCCGCGGUGGGAGUCAGUACUACUUCUCCUGGAGACACGACAAUGGCAGGAAGUACACCGGCGGACAGGCUCACGGCUUGUGUACAAGUCUGGGCGGCGGGUGGCAGCCUGUAGGCAUCAGCUCCCGUGACGAGCUCCAGUACAUCAACAGCAUUGUUGGCUCAAACCGGCUGGAGUACAUCUGGACCGGCGGGGUGAGAGAUCGCGCCGGCUUCAGGUGGCUCAACGGAGAACCUUUUAACGUUGUUGGCUGGUCACACACCGGAGGAGCUAAUCGACCUCAGCCCGACAACCGUGAGAACGGUCAAGAGAACUGCCUGGCCGUCCUCAAUAACUUCUACGGUGAUGGCGUCACGUGGCACGACGUGGGCUGCCACCACACAAAGGCCGUCAUCUGCGAACGUCGUGCAUAAAUACCACAAUAAACCACCUCUCUUUCCCUCUACCACUUGGACUGGACGGUAGAGCGACGAUCUCGCUUCAUGCAGGUCGGCGUUCAAGCCCAGACCGUCCAAG